AUGGCAAUGUUACCCUUACAUGAUACUAUGAAGAAAAUACUAGAAAAAGACAAUUAUUUGUCAGAGAUGUUGGCCGAAAUAAAGAAACCAAAAGAUAGCCAUAAUUUUACAAACAUUGUUCAAAGUUCAUUAUGGAAGAAAAAAUGUGAAUUAUAUCCUGAAAAAGUGUUAAUACCUUACUUUCUGUUUAUUGAUGAUUUAGAAUUAAAUAAUCCAUUGGGCUCUCAUGCAUCCAAAGAUUCCAUUUUCAUAUAUGAAGAUGUUGCAGCAGAUGCCGUUAAACGUCUUAGGUACGAGAAUGUAGAUGCAAGUGAGUUAAAUGAGCUAUGGCAACUAUCUUCUUCUAGCAGACUGGAAAAAAUUGUCAAUGAUUGUUUAAGUUUAUCAGAUAUUUUUAAGCUUUGGCCAGAGUAUAAGAAGCCAACGGGAUACAGACUAAUUGAUUUAGAUUUUAAACAUUUGUAUUCAUCUGCUAACGAUAUUCUUGAUAUCUUUGAGCCGAAAAUGAAAAAAUUGUACGACUUCUUUUCUAAGCCAAAUACUUUGAAAGAUUCCAAUUGUAGUGUGCUUCUAAAAAAGCUAACCGACGAUGUUGUUGCUAAAGGAGACACGUCCUAUAUUUUCACAACUCUUUGGUGUCUUCAUGAAUAUUUAUUUCCAACUGGGCGCGUGGUACAAAAAGACAACACCGGCAAAAAAAUAACACGAAGAUUUACUAUAAAAGACUCACAAGAGUCGGUAUGCUUCGUUGGCCAAAGCGUGCAACAAUUGGAACAAUUCAUCUCUUUUCAAAAAAGUCGAAACCUAAAUAUUUAG